AUGUGUUCGAUACGUGACGCCACUGCUGCUGCCGGCUGGCGGCUCCUGCCGGUUCUGUUACUGGGAUUCUUCGCAGUGCAAGAAGCAAGUGCGGUGGUGGGCUUCACCAUGACGCAGGGCACCCAGGAUGGCACCUACAUUCGCUUCAAGCGAGUGCCAACUAACAUGCUAGCGGAAGUCACCAAAGAGCUCGGCGCAUUCCGGUGCUCGCAGCCCGGCCUGUACUACUUCUCCUUCACCGCCAUGGCGCCGAGUCCAGGGUCGUGCCGAAUAUCGCUGCGCAGAAACCGCGUACCCGUGGUGACUGCAUUCGCCAGCAACAGUGGCUUCAGCUGGAUUUCCAGCGGGGCCUUGCUCUACCUGGCUCAAAACGACCUCGUCUACCUGUACCUGGAGGAUGGAACCAUCCACGAGUCGUCAGCUACGAACAGGGCGUUCACCUCCUUCACCGGCUUCGCGGUGGGCACCGAUAUGCUCAUGGGGCGCACUCCUGAUACGGAUGCCAUUGAAGGGCCCCUGCCCUCACCGGAUCCGUUCGACGACAUCGCGGAGCGCAUGUAUCGAGUGAAGCUCUCUAAAAAUGCCACAGCAGGCACCAGUGCGUCGCUGUAGGCUGCGAGCAGGGCCUUGCCUGAACCGCUGCUUUUUCUACAAGCAUAUUUUCACACAUCAUCUAACAGUAUACCUGUAAAGCCUCGUCGCCGAACGCUGGGGGUAUAGAGGGAGCGUGGGAGCGGCCGGAAGACCUGGCCAGGUACACACUCGACACGCUCAGUCUUUGUGAAUACCAUUCUCCGAAUCAUUCUUGUAUCUUUCAGAAUCUGGUCUUUUCAAUAAAUUCCCUUGUUUUCAAUCGAGUGCUACUUCUCGCGCCUGGCAUUUCUUAAUGUGCGCGAAAUCCUAUACGCGGCACUUGCAAGGAUUUUUUUUU